UCGAACCCUGACAGGAAUAGGGACCGUGAUCGAACCCCAGAAAGGAUAAGGGACCGCGACCGUACACCAAAUAGAAGCCGGCGUGACAGAACGCCUGAGCGAAGCAGAGACGCAGAUCGCAGCUCAGAGCGCCGGAGAGCACGCAGUAGAGAUCGGAGUCGGGACAGAGAAAGAGAUAGAAAUAGGCGCUACAGAGAACGAGACGAUCAUCAUCACAGAAGAAGGAGCAAGCAUAGCCGGGACCGGAGCCGUGAUCGUACACGUGACAGGAGUCGAGAUCGCACACGUGAUCGGAGUCGAGAUCGCACCCGUGAUCAAAGUAGAGAUCGUACCCGGGAUCGAAGUAGAGAACUUAGUCGUGACCGGGACAAGCGAACCCAUCGAGACUAUGAGGAGGAUAGAUCCAGCAAACGAGAUCGGGAAAAAGAGAAAGAUCAUGAUGAUAAAUCCUCGAAGGGAAAGAAAGACAAGGUGGAUAACUCGUGGUUAGAGGCCAAAUUGACAGGAAAAGACAGUACUAUACCUACAUCAAAUCAAUCAUCAGAUUAUGUACAAAGUAUGUACAAUGUUUUCUUCCAGAAGACAUCAUCAAGCACUUCCACAGGAACUACCAUCUCGCAAACAAAUGCAGCUGAAUAUUAUCAAAAUUACCCUGAUUACCAGCAGCAUGGAACAGUAGGUGGGGCAGCAGCGGAGGGGAUGUACCCAACAACUGGAAACCAAACGCCCAAAAUGCACCAGUUGCCAUCACAACCUGCUGAGAUGUCUGUGUUUGGGGGACAGUACCAGCAAACCAUACCAAACCAACAUGGCUUCCAACAGUUCCCUGGGCAGGUUCCACUCUCAGGAGCCACUCCCCAGGGACUCAUUGGGAAGGGGAUUCCACCCCAGGGAAUUCCUGGUCAAGGACCUCGACCCCAGGGAAUUCCUAGUCGGGGACCCCAGCCACAGGGGAUUCCUGCCCAGGGACCCCAACCCCAGGGGAUCCCUGUUCAAGGACCUGCAACACUACAUACAGGCCCACCUACAGGCCUUCAGAGUCAGGGUAUUCCAGCUAAUGGACUACAAAGCCAGACAACGCAGGCCUUACAGCCACAGCCAGUUGACGUGGGUCGAAACAUCGCCCCUCAUAUACCAGGACAGCUACCUCCAUCAAUCUUACUGCCACAAAAUCCGGGUCCAUCUGCCCUGCCCCUACAGCCUGGUAUGGGAAAUCCCUCAUACAUUGAUCCACAGCAGCACAUGUACAGUUCUCAGACAGCUACAUAUCCACCUAAGGGUCUGCCCUCUACAAUUCCACCAUCACCAGGCUCACAAGGAGCGCCACCUAUACAGAGACUGUACCCAGAGGAAGUGGCUCCCCCUACACCUGUACCCAACAUUCCAGAUGCAAGGUACACCACACCUGUUUCUACCUCAGGGUUUAUUCAGGCCUCACCAAACACAACACAACAUAUCCAUGGACAAGAGAGCACUACAGCACCAUUACAAAGAAUGUUUGGAAAGAAGAUCCAGGUAUCAUCUUCCUUCAAUUUAGACUCAAAACCUGUCGUGUCCUCAACAGCAAAAAUGCUACCAGCACCAUUUCCCAAGGCUCCCCAAAGCCAGUCCCUCUUGAAAGAUACUCAGGAACCGACAGCAUCUUCCACCACUUCACCAAUGCCUCGUAAAAAGCUUGGCAAGUCAUCACCGAGAUCUCACCUGUUUUCUAAAAUGUCAAUGCAAGAGGACAUCAAGCAGGUCCCAACUUCUUCGGAAGAAAAAGUUUCCGAGGUAACUACGUCACCGGAAGAAAGUACACCGCCCCAGCAGUCAUCAUCCCCGGCACUACCAACGUCAAGUGUGACCGAUUUCCCCUCGUCCAUCAACGUACCACAUGGAGUACCAAUUAAGCUUGGCAUCAAGCAGGAGCUUCAAGCUCGCAAGGAGAUGGAACAGGCGAUGACUUCUCCUCCAGCAUCAAGCCGACCUUUCAAGGUCAAAUCCAGGUGGCUCAGGUUUAGCGAGCUUGAGACCCCAUUACCACCACCAUCUUCACCAGGAGAUUCUAAUCUCCCGACAUCAACCUCUUCAGAGGGUACAAAUCAGAAAUCAGAACAAGCUUGUGACAGUGAGCAGAGAGAAGAAAGGGAGACAAUUCAACCUAAACGUGACGUUCAAGUGAAGAGAGAACCCUAUGAUGCUUGGGAUCCUGCCUCAGAUCUUGUCAUCUCACCAACAGUUAAUCAAAAGACUGACAAAUCCAGUAAGAAGGAAAGCAAGAAGAAAGAGAAGGAGAAAGAUAAGCCGGCUCCGGCUCCGGCUCCGGCUCCGGCUCCAGCUCCAGCUCCAGUUCCAGUCCAAGCUCCAGCUCCUGUCCCGGCCGAGAUCAAAAUUAAGGAGAAGAAAGAGGAGGAAGCAGAGGAGGAAGCAGAGGAGGAAGAUGAGAACAAGCCACCAUACUUUGACCGUAUUGAGGACAAUAUCUACCUGGGUGAAAGGAAGAAAUCAAAGAAAAUGAAGGAGGUGCGACGCAUGUUGUGUGACUGUACAGCCUCUGUGGAGGACCGCGAGAUGGGACUGAUUGCUUGUGGAGAAGACUGUCUCAACCGCAUGCUGUACAUAGAGUGUGGGUCUCGUUGCCAGUGUGGGGAAUACUGCACCAACAAAAGAAUUCAGAAGAAACAAUACUCUGAUGUGGAACCCUUCAGGACAUCUUGGAAGGGAUUUGGCCUGAAGACUAAUGAGGAACUUAUACCUGGCCAGUUUGUGAUGGAGUAUGUGGGAGAGGUACUAGACUACCGUCAGUUUAAGAGUCGAACCAAACAAUACGCCAAGACAGCACAGCAACAUUACUACUUCAUGGCCCUUAAUGCGGACGAGGUCAUUGACGCUACGUCACGGGGAAACAUCUCGCGUUUCAUCAAUCACAGCUGUGACCCCAACUGUGAAACACAGAAGUGGACAGUGAACGGGGCCCUAAGGGUAGGAUUUUAUGCCCGUAAACAUGUUGAGGCUAACGAAGAAUUAACCUUCGACUAUCAGUUCGAGCUUUAUGGGAAGGAAGCACAGAAGUGUUUUUGUGGGACAGAAAAAUGUCGUGGAUUCAUUGGUUCUACUAAGAAUACUCCGGUCACAAAAGGACGCAAGCGAGAGGAGGAAGUGGAAGAGGAGGAGAAAAAGACUAAACAGGAACUCUUCGAGGAUGAGCUGGAGCAGGAGCUAGAGGAGAUGACAUCACAAGGUUUGAUGAGUACGGAGAAUGUCCUAACACUAUGUCGUCUGAUGGUCCGCGCUGAGGACGCCGAGCACCGCCUUACACUGCUCAACGUCCUGCAGGUGACAACUGAGAGGAAUUGUCUACGCCUGUUCCUGGACUACCACGGUCUAGAACUUCUGUGGACCUGGAUUGUAGACCUUCGGGACGACGCUCCAGAUGUCAAGAUGCAGAUACUUUCUACCUUGAAAAUCUUGCCAAUCACCAACAAAACAAUUCUAAAAGACAGUAAAAUUCUAGCCAUAAUUCAGAAACUGGCAGAGAAAGAUAAUUCUGAGGAAAGUUCCAGUCAUGUGAUAUCAUCUACUCCUCCUAUUGGUCAAGUGACUCCUUCAACUCCGCCCAUUUCCUCAAAGGAAAAACCUACCUCAAUUUUAUCCAUUACCACAGCCAAGGAGAGUAAAUCAGGCAAAAAGAAAGUGAAAUUCGCAUUAGAAGAUGCCUCUAGCUCGGAUAAUGAAUCGAGAACUAGUAACUCUGAUAGUUUUAGUGAUCUAGUGGGCAAUGAUUUAUACACAGACUUCGACAGUCCACCUAGCACGGAAAGUUCAAAGAAGCGUGUACUGCGUUCCAGCAAGAAGGAUGGUGUGUCUGUCUUGUGUAGACAAGUUAUAGACAAACAGGAUCCUCUCGCACAAGCAACAGAUAGUGAAGUGUCGGAAAGUUGUGCUGCCUCUAACAGCCAGGAGGAGAAGAUUACUCAGGAACCGAAAAUUGACUCAACAGAAAAUGACGACAAACUGUCGUCAGAAAAAAAUAGUGCAAUAAAGUGUAUGGAUAGUGAGACAACUGUGACAGCUGCGGACUCUAGUGACGGUAAAUCUGAAACUCCCACUGACAAAGUGGCGGCAGAUAGUUCUUCCUCUAGUUCAUCCUCGUCUGAAAUGGAGUUAAACUUGAGCAAAGAUGAGGAAGAAAAAGACAAUGUGACAGAAUGUGACUCUUCUGAGCCCAAAGACGAUGUAGUGUCCUUGGCUGAGGAUCUGUUACAACACUGGAGUGACCUCAAGGAAAUCUUCAGGAUACCAAAGAAAGAGCAGGUCGAGGAAAGGAAAAGGAUUGAACGACAGUUACUGGAUGUACGACCCACCAAACAACGCCAGCGAGAGAAGUUUGAACGUUUACAGGACCAGACAAGAAUACGAGCUGCUGGCUGGGAUUCAGGGAUCAGGAAGAGAAAACGCCCUCCCCCACCACCUCCUCCCACAGAGGAAGAUGAAGACCCUUCUAAGCCCAGAAAAACACUGUUACCUUCACCACCUAAGAUGACGAAGGAACAGCGACGGCAGCGGUUUGAGGCAGACGUAAAAGCUCACGAUGAGAUGGUAGCUGAACAUCAACGACAACAGGAAGAACUGUUCUUACAGCAGCAACAACAGCUUCUCAGCGAUCCUACCUACCUCUUCUUUCAGCAGACACUUGUUCAGCACGGCUAUGGGCUGGAGGUAGCCCAGCUUCAUAUCCAUGCCUUACUCCAGGAGGGCCAUACCCCCGAUGCUAUCGUGUCCCAGUUAGCUGCUCAAUUACAACAGGGUUUACAACAAGGCUUACAGCAACAGGGCUUACAACAAGGCUUACAGCAACAGGGCUUACAACAAGGUUUACAGCAACAGGGCUUACAACAACAGGAGGGAGGUAUAGAGCCAGGGUUUCAAGACCCUGCCCUGCAGCAACUUCUUAAUCCUGAUUACCAGGCUCAGCAACAAGCCCAACAGCAAGCUUUGCUACAGUCAGGAAUGACCUUCAUGGAGGAUGGACAGGCACAGCAACAACACCAGCAGCUCAUGUACCAACAGCAGCAGCAGGGACAGUUCCCGAGUCAGGCAGACUUGGUUGCCCAGCAACAGACCCAGGGCCUAACACCAGCCCAGGUUUUGUCCUCUGGGGCGCAGCAAACCUUGGCGUUUCAGCAGCAGCAGCAGCAGCAACCGCAGCCUAUGGAGCAGCAGGCAGCCCAGAUGUCUUCUGAUCCUCAGAGUAUUGCUUUUAUGCAACAGAUGGCUGAUCCAAGCACAAGAAUCCAACAUCUUCAACAACAGCUGCAGAUCCAAAGCCAGCUGGCUGUCCUGGCCCAGGGGGCAGCCCCUACAGAGGAGGAAGAUGUUCCUCCCCCUCCCUCUCCACCAAAGGCUAAACAAACGAAGCUACCGCCAAACUGGAAAAGUGCUAAGGAUUCAGAUGGGAAGACAUACUACUACCAUACCAUCACCAGACAAACUCAGUGGGACACACCAACCUGGGACUGUACACAGGAUGACAGUAUGGAUAUGUGUACUCCACCAAUGGAAGAGGUCAAGCCUGUUAAGAAGAACUCGAAGCAAACAACCACUGCUGCUGCAGAUACCUCUAGUGAAUUAGCCAAGAAGAUUAAGGACCAGUUCAGGAAUAAGAUGUCGUCGUAUGUCGUGGUAUGCCUGAACCCGUACAGAAAACCCGACUGUAAGAUGGGCCACAUCUCUUCCACUGAGGACUUCAAACACCUUGCCAGGAAGUUAACUCAUCAUGUGAUGGCCAAGGAGUUGAAGCACUGUCAUCAUGUUGAGGAUCUUGAGGUCAAUGAAAACGUGAAAGCAAAGGCCAAAGACUAUGUUAAAAAAUACAUGGGAAAGUUUGGUUCCAUGUACCGCAAGACAGGGUCACCCGACGAUUAAAGGAAACCUUUGGGUCAUUAUCGGCUAAGUUCCAAUCACUCAUUGAUUAAGGAAACUUCAGGGGCAAGUUUGGUUUCAUGUACCGCAAGACAGCUAGGGUCACCCGACGACUAAGGGAAAAUUCAAGGUCAAGUUUGGUUCCUUGUACCAAAAGACAGGUUACCCGACGACUAAGGGAAACUGCAAGGGCAAGUUUGGUUCCUUGUACCAAAAGACAGGUUACCCGACGACUAAGGGAAAAUUCAAGGUCAAGUUUGGUUCCUUGUACCAAAAGACAGGUUACCCGACGACUAAGGGAAAAUUCAAGGUCAAGUUUGGUUCCUUGUACCAAAAGACAGGUUACCCGACGACUAAGGGAAAAUUCAAGGUCAAGUUUGGUUCCUUGUACCAAAAGACAGGUUACCCGACGACUAAGGGAAAAUUCAGGGACAAGUUUGGUUCCUUGUAAACAAUGCAGUGGCUUUUCUGAGAUUAAAGCAGGAUUUGGUGUAAUGAUAAGUUAAAGUCAGCCAUCUACAACUAUGAAACCAGGAUUGUAUGAGUCCGGUUCAUUAGUGCGAUCUUCUCUCAAUUAGAUCAGGUAAACAUGAAACAAAGGAAGUGCUGUACCAGUGAUGAUAUCUGGAUUCGUCAAGACCUGCCCCCUAUACUGGUUUUACAUGGCCAGUGUUUUAGUUUGGAAAACAGGAAGAAUCACUGGAAGUUUAGACAACUAGAUAUAGAUUUUAUGACAAGAUUGUGAAUCAUACUGAUCAAAUCAGGACAUGUACUGCCCGGUACAGAGGAAGAAUGUUUUGUUCCAGAUAACGAGAAUUCUGACCACAAUUAAGAGUGACUUAAAUUGACUUGUUUGUAUCAGGUAGCUAACAGGUAACUUGGUGUACUAGUUUUCUCGUGUUUACAAGGCCAGUAGUCAUGAGUUCAUCCUCAUCAUCUGGUAUUGUGUAUUUCAGGUUUUAUGUAGGCAUCAACAAAGGUAGUUUGACCAUCAUUCUUUGAUAAAGGAUUUAAUGAAAUACUGAAUCAAAUUUGCACGAGAUCACCCUGAUAUUGUUUGUAACUUACUGAUUCGUUCAUUUCAAUCAACACGAUAAAAUAACAUUUCAUACAUUUGUCCACUUGUUUAGUCUGAAGGUCAUUUUGUAAGUGUAGCAGUUUUUCACUUUACUUUUAUGGGUGAUUUGAUAUUUUAUAAACACUUAUUUUCUACUGUUUUUUUUACCAUCUGAAUUAAGGUAUUAAUGAAAUCAGUCUUCAUUUUAAAACAUUUUGUUACGUUUUGUAGGCAUAUGACCAGAGGACAUCAAUUGUAUUACCGUAUUUGACCUAAUAAGGGCGCAGGGCGCGGGUAAUUGACAGUGGGGGCGCCCUUAUUAAGAUUAGUCAUUCUGAAGUUUUAUGAAACAGACUAUACCUUAUAGCAGAAUACCCAAGGUU